CCCCACCAAAUCUGCUCUACGCUACCACUGUCUCAGAUUAUUAUUUUUUUACAUUUUUUGCAAUUUGUUCAGAUUUUGCAGACCCUAGCAAUUUGUAUCAAAAUUCAUUGAAAUACUUCAACUGAGGAGAAGGAAGAUUUCUUUUCAACGAUGAUUCCUUUAUCCUCUAAGGUUUCCGGUCAGAUUUGUUUUCUGCUGCAGAGCUUGAACGACUCCAACUCCGAUUCGGUUUUCCAAGAGCUAUGCAAGUGCUCAAUGCAUGGAUUGGAGGGAAGCAUACUACUGCUUCAAACCUGUUGGGAUCACCUCAAUAUUUAUGACAAGGAUUUGAAAACCAUGAAGCUGCACCCGAUAUAUGCUUCAGUUUUCAAACAUAUAUUGGAUAAACCUAAUUUUAGUACCGUAUUAAGUGAGUCACUGAGGACUGCACCGAUAAGUGAAGAAUUGCUGCAGAAUCUGUCGGGUGCAUUACACCUGUCGAUGUCUGAGAAAAUUGGGAUUGGUCUUGCUUUGUCCAAUUCUGAAAAUCAUGAUAUUAGAAUUUGUGGAAGGAAUUUCUGCAUGAAUCAGAUUGCAGAGUUGUGUGUGUGCGCCAAUCCUGAGGCAUUUGAGUCUACUGAGAAAAUUCAGAAUAUUAUCAUGUUUCUUAAUCGUUCUGAAGGCCUUUCCAAGCAUGUAGAUUCAUUCAUGCAAAUGUUAUCGCUUGUACGGUUGAAAGAUGGAGCCCAGUUUAUCUUAGCGCCGUUUCUUCCUGAUAAAGUGCGUGCAGAGAACUUCUUUAGGCACUUAGAUAUGUUGACUGAGGGCGGUGAAGAUGAUUUUGAUGCCAUUCUAGCGGAAAUGGAGAAUGAAAUUAGCAUGGCUGACGUGAUGAGGGAAUUAGGAUAUGGAUGCACAGUCAAUGUCUCUCAGUGCAAAGAAAUCUUGUCAAUUUUUUUGCCGCUUUCUGAGGUCACAAUUGCAAAGAUACUUGGUACAGUUGCGAGAACUUACACAGGUCUUGAGGAUAGUCAAAAUGUGUUUGCUGCAUUCUGUUCUGCUCUUGGUGGCAAUAAUGAUCUGGAUACAUCAUCUUUGAGUUCUUGGAAUGUCGAAGUCCUUGUAGAGUCUAUCAAGCAGCUUGCUCCAGGAAUUAAUUGGAUCAAUGUCAUGGAGAAUCUGGACCAUGAAGGGUUUUAUAUCCCUAACGAAGCAGCCUUUUCAUUUUUCAUGUCUGUUUUUAGGCAUGGAUGCCAGGAUCCUUUCCCGCUCCAUGCUAUUUGUGGCUUUGUGUGGAAGAAUAUCGAUGGUCAGUUAUCAUUUCUAAAGUAUGCAGUCUCUGUGCCGCCUGAAGUAUUUACAUUUGCUCAUUCAGAUAGGCAACUGUCCCAUGGUGAUGCUGUGACUGAACCAUUUGAACCUGGAAAAUCAAAUCAUGCUUGGUUAUGUCUUGACCUACUGGAGAUGUUAUGUCAGUUAUCAGAGAGGGGUCAUGCAAGUCUAGUCCGUAGUGUCCUUGAAAAACCACUCAACCACUGUCCGGAGUUGUUGCUUCUUGGGAUGGCUCAUGUCAAUACUGCAUACAACCUUAUCCAGAAUGAAGUGGCAUCUGCUGUUCUACCUAUGGUGCUAAGAAAUGCGUCGGGGAGAGGUUUAAUAUUUAACCUCUGGCAUGUUAAACCAGACUUGUUGUUGCGAGGGCUUAUAGAUGUGAUGAGUCUUGAUCCAGAGAACGUUUAUGGGAUUUUGGAUGCCUGCCAAGAACUAAAGAUUCUAUCUCCAGUAUUGGAUAUGAUUCCAUUUUACUUCAGCAUUCGCUUAGCUGCCUUUGCUUCUAAGAAAGAAAUCAUGGACCUUGAGAAUUGGUUAAGUACUACUUUAUUGACAAGUAAAGAUGCUUUUUAUGAGGAAUGCCUUAAAUUUCUGAAGGAUGUUCAGAUUGGAUCACAUGAUGUUUCUGGGAACCGUUUUCAUCCUCCUGUUGCUCUUUUGAAUAUUUAUAUGGAAGCUUGCCCCACUGUUUUAAAGGUCCUUCAGUCCCAUGCUGGUGUGGUUUCCUCCAGUAACUUGUCUGAGGAAAUCGAAAAAAUGGAUGUCUCUCAUAUGCUGGCUAAUUCAAGAGUUAAAAACGGCACAAGUUCAGACUCAGCUACGGCUGAUAGUUAUGCCGAUGACAUUGAGACUGAAUCAAACCAAAUCUUUCAUCAAAUGUUUUCUGGUCAGCGUUCUAUUGAUGAUAUGAUUCAAAUGCUUACUCGCUUUAAGGAAUCUUCAGAUAAGAGGGAACAGUCAAUUUACGAGUGUAUGAUUGCUAAUCUGUUCGAGGAAUUCAAAUUUUUCACGAAGUAUCCUGAAAAGCAGCUGAGAAUUGCUGCAAUUCUUUUUGGAUCACUGAUCAAGCAUCAACUAGUGACUCAUCUCACACUAGGCAUUGCUUUACGAGCUGUUUUAGAUUCUUUGAGGAAACCUUCAGAUUCAAAAAUGUUCUCCUUUGGGACUAAGGCAUUGGAGCAGUUUGUUGACCGGCUUGUGGAGUGGCCGCAGUAUUGCAAUCAUAUCCUGCAAAUAUCUCAUUUGCGAGCUACGCAUUCAGAACUGGUUGCAUUUGUUGAGAGGACGCUUAACAGGAUCUCAGAGGCUCACCAUGAGACUAAUGUACAUAAUGUCACUUCAGAUCACCAUCAUGGGCUAAUCCAAUCUUCUUCUAUGAAUUUGGAGACCACAGGAUCCUCGUAUUCUCUGGUUAGACCUGGCACCACGCAAAUGGGGCUGCAAAUCUCCUCUCCGAUUAACCUUCCACAAAGACUAUCUAGUUCUCUGGAUGAGAGGAAAACAUCUGCAAUUCUCUCCAAUUAUAUGAAGCCUGCGCCAUCCUCUUCAAGCCAGCCUGGUUUUGCCCCUUCAAGUGAUACGACUAGCAUUCAAAAGAAUGCAGUCGCGCAGCGGAAUCGGCGUGGCCUCAAUACACUCUGCCUCUCCCGGUUUUUCAAGUUCGUCUCGACCUUCCUCAGCAAGUAUAGCCCAUCUUUAAGUUUUUGUAUUCAUGCUUUCUCCAGGUUUGGCUCCGCUUUAAACAUUGAAACACUUGUUGCAGCAGCUGAGAGGAGAGAAACUUCUAUAGAGGACCGAAAGGAUAACAGAGGUGGCAAUUUCAUGUCAAGGCUAAUUUUUUUGAGAGAAAUUGACAAAUAUUUUCUUGCAAUCUAUAAUUAUGGAUUGGUGCAUGAUGCACCUGAUUUGGGUGCUUAUGCUUCCAAUUAUGGUAAUAUUAUUAGUGCUACGGAAACUCAGAUUUAUAUAAACGAAGCUUUUGUGUCUCAAUGGCCUGGAAAUUGGAAGGUUCCUGCAUCAGAAAUUCAGGAUAAGAUAUCUUUCAUUAUCAAUAACUUGUCAGCUGCAACUAUUGAGGCUAAAGCCAAAGAAUUUACUGAAAUUCUGAAUGAGCUAUACUAUCCCUGGUUUGCUCAGUAUAUGGUUAUGAAAAGAGCAAGUAUCGAGAUGAAUUUUCAUGAUUUGUACUUGAAGUUUCUUGAUAAAGUAAAUUUAAAGCCUUUGUACAGGGAGAUUGUUCAAGCCACUUAUGUGAACUGCAAGGUUCUCUUAGGAUCAGAACUUAUAAAGUCUAGUGUGGAAGAGCGUUCAUUGCUGAAAAAUUUAGGAAGCUGGCUUGGGAAGAUUACAAUAGGCAGAAAUCAAGUUCUAAGGGCACGAGAGAUAGAUCCCAAAUCGCUCAUUAUAGAGGCAUACGAAAGGGGACUCAUGAUAGCCGUUAUUCCUUUUACUUCCAAGAUUCUAGAACCAUGUUCUAACAGUCUUGCAUAUCAACCCCCUAAUCCGUGGACCAUGGGUAUUCUGGGAUUGCUUGCUGAGAUUUAUGCAAUGCCAAAUCUGAAAAUGAAUCUCAAAUUUGAGAUUGAGGUCCUUUUUAAGAACCUUGGUGUUGACCUUAAGGAUGUAACACCAACUUCUCUUCUUAAGGAUAAAGUUAGAGAAGUUGAAGGUAAUCCUGAUUUCUCCAACAAGGAUAUGGGAUCUUCACAACCACCAAUACCAAAUGAGGCAAAGUCUGGAGUGGUAUCGAUUCCGAACCAAGUGGAGGUACCACUGGAUGUUGCAGCUCCUGCUCAUUCUGGAGGACAUUCACGAAUGGUAUCUCAGUUUGCCACACCUCUUCAUCAUUCAUCUGCAACGUUAACGGAAGAUGAAAAGAUGGUGAGCCUGGGAUUUCCUGAUCAACUCCCUUCUGCUCAGAGCCUUCUGCAAGUGCAGACACCACUUCUAUCUAAUCAGCUUCCUCUGCCAGCUGCUAAUGUUGAACAACAAGUUGUUGUCAAUAAAAAGCUUCAGGCAUAUGGCCUACAUGUGCAUUUUCAGAGUAUACUUCCAAUUGCCAUGGAUAGGGCGGUUAAGGAGAUUGUGUCCAGUAUCGUUCAGCGAAGUGUUUCUAUAGCAACACAGACAACUAAGGAGCUUGUUUUGAAGGAUUAUGCUAUGGAACCAGAUGAGACCCUUAUCCGAAAUGCAGCACAUUUGAUGGUUGCAAGAUUGGCUGGGAGUCUAGCUCAUGUAACCUGCAAGGAACCUCUGCGUGGCUCAAUAUCUGGACAACUGAGGAACGCACUUCAGAGCUUGAGCAUAACAAGUGAUCUUCUUGAACAAGCAGUUCAACUUGUGACUAAUGACAAUCUGGACCUUGGCUGUGUGUUGAUUGAACAAGCUGCAACUGAGAAGGCAGUUCAAACCAUCGAUGGAGAAAUUGCGCAGCAGCUGUCUAUCAGGAGAAAGCAUAGAGAGAGUGUUGGUCCCACGUUUUUUGAUGCUAGCCUGUAUGCCCAAGGUCAAAUGGGUGUUUUACCAGAGGCCCUCCGACCUAAACCUGGCCACCUGUCGCAUUCACAGCAGCGAGUUUACGAGGAUUUUGCUCGUUUUCCAGGGCAAACCCGCUCCACUCAGGGCCCAAAUUCUCCACCUGUUGGUCCUUCUGCUUCACCUGCCAGUGGUGGAAUGCCUCGUUCAUUAUCAUCCGUAACUCCAUCUGGCCAAAUAAGCCCAAGCAUCUUCUCAUCUGGCCUUGUAAACGCAGGACUUGGUGUUGUUCCCCAGACACUGGAACUUGAUCCAGAUGACAUGGAUUCAGUAGGAGCCCAGAUUUCUGCAAGUGUUUCCUCGCCCCACAUUGCAAUUGGGGACGAUCCACAAAGCCUUGAAAGUGAUGCUGUUACUUCAUUUCCUCCCGCUUCCUCCACCGAUUUGCAAGUGGUGGAACCUUUAAAUUCUGUCAAUGAAUCUGCAAUUUCCGUGCAGCCCUUAAAUGCACUUUUGGCUUUGGAACGUCCUGGAACUGCUGUCUCAGAUCAUUUGAUGACCACAGGCGAUGCGCUGGAUAAGUAUCAGACUAUUUCAGAGAAGCUUGAAACUCUGGUGGCCAAUGAUUCCAAGGACGCGGAAAUUCAGGGAGUUAUUGCUGAGGUUCCUGCAGUUAUCUUGAGAUGCAUUAGCCGGGAUGAGGCUGCACUGGCUGUGGCUCAGAAGGCUUUCAAGGGCUUGUAUGAAAAUGCAUCCAACAGUGCUCAUGUUAAUGCUCACCUUGCUAUCCUGGCUGCUAUUCGUGAUGUGAGCAAGCUUGUAGUUAAGGAACUCACUAGCUGGGUGAUGUACUCUGAGGAAGAUAGGAAGUACAAUAAAGACAUCACUAUUGGUCUUAUUCGGAGUGAACUAUUGAACCUUGCCGAGUAUAAUGUCCAUAUGGCGAAGCUUCUUGACUCGGGAAGAAACAAGCCUGCAACAGAAUUUGCGGUCUCUCUUAUACAAGCAUUAGUUAUCAAUGAUUCCAAAGUGAUAUCAGAACUACACAAUCUUGUAGAUGCUCUGGCAAAGGCACGAUCUUACUCACUUGCUGCAAGACCUGGAUCUCCAGAGUCGUUACAACAGCUGGUUGAAAUUGCGAAGAACCCUGCUAAUGCCGCCAUUUUGUCUUCUGUAACUGUUGCGAAAGAGGACUCGGCGAAAACCUCUAAGGACAAAAUGUUCACCGUGGCUCCUGCAGCAAACCGGGAAGAAGAGUACAAUGCAUCAGAAUUGAUGGAUUCAGAUCUUUCAGGUUUUCAUGAGCAGGUUUCUGUGCUGUUUGCUGAAUGGUACCAAAUAUGUGAACUCCCUGGAGCAAACGAUGCUGCUUCUGCUCGUUAUGUUUUACACUUACAGCAGAGAGGCCUGCUAAAAGGAGAUGAAACUUCAGAUCAUUUUUUCCGCCGUAUAAUGGAACUUUCACUAUCGCAUUGUUUAUCAUAUGAGGCGAUAAAUUCUAGCCCUUCCCAGUCACAUCAGGGACAGCCACUCUCGUUCCUAGCUAUUGAUAUAUAUGCGAAGUUAGUUUUCUCAGUUCUGAAGUUUUGCCCCGUCGAUCAGGGAUCCAAUAAGCUCUCUCUUCUGCCCAAGGUGCUUGCUGUGACCGUGAAAUUUAUCCAAAAAGAUGCCGAGGAGAAGAAGAUAGCCUUCAAUCCCAGGCCAUAUUUUAGAUUGUUUAUUAAUUGGCUGCUUGAUUUGUGUUCCUUGGAGCCGGUUUUUGAUGGUGCCAACUUUCAGGUGUUGACUGCUGUAGCAAACUCUUUCCAUGCAAUUCAACCUCUUAAGGUCCCAGGGUUCAGCUUUGCGUGGCUAGAAUUGGUAAGUCACCGAAGUUUCAUGCCAAAAUUACUGACGGCAAAUGCACAGAAGGGAUGGCCCUAUUUCCAGAGAUUGUUGGUAGACCUGUUUCAGUUUAUGGAGCCAUUCCUUAGGAAUGCCGAACUUGGAGAGCCGGCUCACUUUCUGUACAAAGGGACGCUCAGAGUAUUGUUGGUGCUGCUUCAUGAUUUUCCGGAAUUCCUUUGUGAUUAUCAUUUCAGUUUUUGUGAUGUCAUCCCCCCAAGCUGCAUACAGAUGCGAAAUAUAAUCUUGAGCGCGUUUCCUCGUAAUAUGAGGCUUCCAGAUCCUUCAACUCCCAACUUAAAGAUUGAUCUGCUGGCGGAGAUUAGUCAAUCGCCUAGAAUACUUCCUGAGGUUGAUGCCGCGCUAAAAGCGAAGCAGAUCAAGAAUGAAGUGGACGAGUAUCUCAAGACGAGGCAACAAGGGUCAUCGUUUCUUUCCGAGUUAAAACAGAAGCUACUGCUUUCUCCAGUUGACGCGGCUCGCGCUGGGACCCGCUACAAUGUCCCUCUGAUCAACUCCCUUGUACUAUAUGUUGGUAUGCAGGCUAUCCAGCAGCUGCAAGCAAGAGCCCCUUCUCAAUCCAUGGCAAAUAUGACUGCCUUCUUGGUGAGUGCUGCUUUGGACAUUUUCCAGUCUUUGAUUAUGGAUCUCGACACCGAGGGCCGCUACCUUUUCCUGAAUGCUGUUGCCAACCAAUUACGUUAUCCGAACAACCAUACCCAUUACUUCUCUUUCAUCCUCCUUUACCUGUUUGCUGAGUCGAACCAGGAAAUGAUUCAGGAGCAAAUCACGAGGGUCCUGCUGGAACGCCUGAUAGUAAACAGACCUCAUCCUUGGGGACUUUUGAUAACAUUUAUUGAGCUAAUCAAGAAUCCGAGGUACAAUUUUUGGAGUAGGAGUUUCACGAGAUGUGCACCGGAGAUUGAGAAGCUGUUUGAGUCUGUUUCAAGAUCUUGUGGAGGUCCCAAACCUGUAGAUGAUAGUGUUGUGUCAGGUGGAAUCGCUGAGAAUAUGCAUUAGACUUGUUUGUAGCUGUAAGAUAUAAUGUAUGAUUGAGACACAUUAAUUUGUUGUAAAUACAGGUCCUAACUUGAUUGGGCCAGACUAGUGUGCUUUAUACUCAUACCAUCUGUAUAUAUUCCAUUUAACAACAAGAGUGCUUAUUUAUUCAAGACAAAUGAUUGACACUUGUGGUGAUUACAACCAAACUAUAAGUAGAGCCCGUUAUAUAAAACGAGCCACUCGUGAUCUCGGCUCGGCUCUUUUAAGUAGUACUGUAUAUCCCAUUUAACAAUAGAGUGCUUAUUUUUAC